AUGGAUUCUUUCAUGCAUCCUAGGAGUGAGUGCUGCGCACUGACAUAUAUCAGUCAUCAACCCAACUUAACGUUAGGAGACAAGAUCGAUGAAGAUGAUGAUGAUUUAUAUUGUGAUGGAUGCGGGCUUUUUAUCUCAGGUUUGUUUUACUACUCUUCACAACGUGAUUUUUAUCUCCAUAAAGCUUGUCUUGAAAUGCCAGAGGAGGUGUGUCACUGGUCACAUCCACAACACUUUCUUGUCUAUGUAAAAGUUACCACUCCUUUUCAAUGUUACUUUUGUCUUCAAAGUUGCACUGGUUUCUCUUACUCCUGUGAUCUAUGUGAACAUGAGAUAUGCCCUCGCUGUGUUAGUAUUCCCAAUCCCCACCAACAUCCAGGACACAAAGAUGAACUCACCUUUUCUGAUAUCAGCUUUGAAGGGAAAUGCGCUGCCUGUGGCGAUUGUAUUGAUCAUGAGAAAGCAUACAGAUGUACGGAUUGCAUUCAUUAUGGUUUGGAUUUGAAAUGCUUGACACUUCCACUUGCAGCACGGCACAGGUGUGAUAAACACAUCCUAAAACUUGUUUAUUAUGAUGAAAAUGAUGAUCUGGAACGACCUCAUUGUGAUAUUUGUGGAGAGAGAAGACUUCCAAAUCAUUGGUUUUACCGUUGUUCCAUUUGCAACAAUUCUGCUCAUCCAAAAUGUGCACUUGGAAAAUAUCCAUUUAUUAAGGAUGGGAGUACCCUCAGUCAUAAAAAUCAUCCACACCCUCUGAUUACUGUCAAGAAGGUUUCCAACCUUAAAUCUGAUGAAUGUUUUGAAUGUGGUGAUUCUUGUCAAGAUUUGGCUUUUUGGUGUGAAACAUGCUGCUCUCAUGCCCACUUGGAAUGUUUAAAUACGAAAACACUGAAGACUGAAAGAAAUCCUGAUGAGUUACAAAAGGAGAUUAAUCAUCCCUGUCACCGUAUGCAUCCUCUUUCUUUAAAAUUCCAUAACAAGUAUAACUUUUGCGAGAUAUGCAAAAACAAAGAACGGGGAUAUUUUUAUGGAUGUUCUCCUUGCAAUUUUGGCAUUCACAUUGAUUGUGCAUUUCCAAGCCUUGUUAUUGAAAAUAAAACUCAUGAACACCCAUUCAACUUGUUUUGGAGACAAGGCUCGUUUAUUUGUGAUGCAUGUGGUACCGAGGGCAAUUAUGCUUCUUAUAUAUGUUCUACAUGUCACCUCCAAGUCCAUAAGAAAUGCACUUCACUGCCACGCAUCAUCAAAACCGCAAUGCAUUAUGAUCAUCCUAUUUUUCACAACUAUUUUGUUCGAGAAAGUGACCUUGAUCAAAAGCAUGAAUGCAGAGUUUGUUACAAAGAAGUGAAAAAGGAGCAUGGCUGUUAUAGUUGUUGGAGGCAAGAUUGCAAAUAUAUUGUUCAUGUGAAUUGUGCUAUUGUGGAAGAUAUGCACUGGAUAAUUGAUUCAGAAAAUCAAGAUGAGCCAAGUGACAAUUCAGUCACGGAUUCUUCCAUCACUCGUGUUAUUGAGGUGAACCAAAGUGGGGAAGCAGAAAAGAUAGAACAUUUCAGUCAUGGCCACGACUUAAUGUUAGGAGACAAGAUCAAAGAAGAAGAUGAUAAAUGUUGUGAUGGAUGCGUGCUAUCUAUCUCAGGUUUGUUUUACUAUUGUUCACAAUGUGAUUUCUUUCUCCAUAAAUCUUGUGCUGAAUUACCAAGAAAGAAGCAUCAUUGGUUUCAUAAGCACCACACUACCCUUGAAUCAAUUGCCACUUUUCUUUUGAAGAUAGAGGCAACAGAAUCACCUUGCAUUUUUGAAUGUCGCUUUUGUCUUCAUGUUUGUAGUGGUUUUUUUUACUGCUGUUCUGAUUGCGACCUCAAGGUAUGCCUUCGAUGUGCUAGUAUUCCUCAUGCCCACCAACAUUCAGGACACAAAGACCACAUCUUUUUAAAUAGCGAAUAUAAAGGGAAAUGCACUGCAUGUGGUUGUGGCAUUUAUCAUGGGAAUGCUUACAAAUGUAAGGAGUGCACUGAUAUUUAUGCUUUGGAUUAUGCAUGCUUGACACUUCCACUUGCAGCACGGCACAAGUGUGAUAAACACAUCCUAAAACUUGUCUAUCAUGACGAAAAUGAUGAUCCGGAACAACAUUAUUGUGAUAUUUGUGAAGAGAAAAGAGAUCCAAAUUAUUGGUUUUACCUUUGUUCCAUUUGUGAUAAUUCUGCUCAUCCUAAAUGUGUUCUUGGAAAAUAUCCAUUUAUUAAGAUUGGGAGCACCUACCUCAACGAAGAUCAAGAACCCCGUCUCACUUUUACGAAGAAAAUUGGCUACUGCCCUAAAUGUUUCGAAUGUGGUAAGCCUUGUCUAGAUUUGACUCUUGAGAGUGCAAAUUCUGUGUUUGGUAUGCCUUACUUUGCUCUUGCUCUUGUCCGCAGGCUCACAGAGUUGCCUCUUGAUAGAGAAGCGGAAUCUAAACAAUUCUAUCGAGGACUUGAGACAUAUCGAUCAGUAGCAUUUAAGAGCAGCAAUACAUUUCAAAAUGGAAUAUGCAUGCAGAGGGCUAUAUUUCCCGUUGAUACCAAUCGGAUUGAGUAA